AAUUGCUCUAGUUGCUGGGUAAACGUGAAAGAAAGGGACAAACUGGCGCCUUUAAGGUGCCUUAAACAUGAUCAAUUAAUAUUGCUCCCGUAGCGAGAAAAUGAGACCUAUAAAAGGUGAAAUGGGAAAGAAUUUACGAUUUAGACAAAGUAGAUAUGAUAAUGAAAAGAGGUGUUUUGUUGUUGUGGAAGUGUUGAUAUUGAACACGUGUUUUUUAUUAUAUAGUUAUAUAGAGAUUCAGCUUACAGACUUGAUGUUAAGAUUUCUAAAGAUGUGGAAGCUAUUUCAGUUACUGGCGUUGCUCAUCAAUCUCCAUAGCAGUGCGAGCUCAUCGUCACAACUCUUCUUCCGGUUAUUGGAAGCAGACGAUCCGGUAUCGGAGAAAGACAUUCAUCACCAGGACGGCCACAGACCUCAUCCUUCAGAUACCCUCCCUAUUAAAGAUCUGAUUGAAAACCCAAAUACUUCUUAUGAUCCAAAACCAGAAGAUAUCAACAGAAAGAUACUGAAGCAUUUAAUAGGUAACGCUUAUGAUAAGCAUUACAUGUCCAUCAAAACGCCGCCUGAACGUAAAAACCUAACAAUGUUCACCAUGGUGAGAGGAAGACCAGCAGGUCCAAGGCCCAAAUUUGUGAAAGUCUUCAAAUCCAUUAAACACAAAAAUGGUCCAACGUUCAAAUUAAAAGUUGGGAAAAAAGAGAGGCGAAAAUUUCAAAAAUAUUUGUGGAAUUACACUUACUGUCCUGUGAAAUAUGUUUGGAAAGAUCUGGGUAUUCGAUUCUGGCCGAGGUGGAUAAAGGAAGGCUCGUGCGCAUCCAGUAAACAACGGUCGUGCUCGAUUCCUCCUGGAAUGUCGUGUCGUCCGAGUGGAUCCACGACGAAAACUUUAUUAAGAUGGUACUGCAGGAACCGAACUGUGGAGAACAUACCAACUGACUGUGAGUGGUUAGCCUUUCAAUAUCCAAUCAUAACAAAGUGCUCCUGUUCGUGUUAAAGUGACUUCGACAUAUUCGACAUAUCAGAAACUGUAAAACAACGGUUGUGAUUUUUAAUGGCAUUUAUUUUAUUUUAUUUAUGGACUUGUUCACGAGUGAAAGAAUGGGAGAUUUCCCAUUACAAUUAUUAUAUAAUUGACAACACGAAAGACUGUCGUUGCUUUUAUAUAAUUUCUGACUUUGUGUGUUUGGAUUUUAAGACGACUUUUAUGGAUUGUACAUUACAAUAACAAUUGUGUUAGUCAACAAAUUGAUAUAUUAAGACAACACGACAUUUAUGGAUUGUACAUUACAAUAUCUUGCGUUACUCUACAAAUUGAUAUGUUAAAGCAACACGACAUUUAUGGAUUGUACAUUACAAUAACUUGCGUUACUCAACAAACUGAUAUAUCAAAACAACACAACAUUUAUGGAUUGUACAUUACAAUAACUUGUGUUACUCAAAAAACUGAUAUAUUAAAACAACACAACAGAUUGUAAACCUGUACAUCACGAAAUACCUUAAUUAGUUUAUGAUUUGGUGUAUUCUCUUAAUUAGAAUAAAAGCAAAAGUUGUUUUGGAUUUUAACACAUGUGUAGAUUGUACAUUACAAUAAUCAUUGUGUGUGUCACUCAAUAAAUUUAUAUGUUAAAAUAUUCUAUAACAACACGACAGAUUUGUGAACCUGUACAAGACAAUAUCUGUUGUCUGAUAAGGACCCUGAGAACAUUUUUCUAUAUAUCUAAUUCAAAUAUACUAUUCAAACGACGUUAUGAAUUGUUCGUUCUUCUGUCGCCGAGUUUGUGAAUUAUUAAUAAUUGGUUUUAAAAAAGAACUCGGGAUUUAACGUCAAUAAAGCCAUGAUUGUGAAGCGACACCACUUUUUAAAAGUUUCCUCAAUGUGCCAAUCGAGUGUAAAUAAUCCAGGCUAUAAUUGUCAAUGAAAAAUGAUAUAAGUAUAUGUGUAUAUAUGCUAUUUGUUGUAUAUAAUGUAAUUGUAUAUAUAUAUAUAUUUAUGUAUGUGUAAAACCGACAGAUCUAGUGCUAUCAAUGUAAUUCGCCGACUGUGAACAUUAUUUGAUCAAGUGAUGGCGAGUGGCGACUGUGAACAAUGUCAGACUAUUAGAGGGAAGUUAAAUCAAUGAAAUCCACCAGGGGGUGUCGACACUGUGUCUAUCCACUUCUCUGUAUAAUUGUUUGGGCGGUAAAGUCAGUGGAGUCUCGGGUCGAUUGUUGAGUCUCGGCCAGGCAAGCCAUUCAGAAAAAAAUCAAAAAGGCAGUUUGUAGGUUCAGGGCCAAUUGAUAUAUAAUGAUUUUUGAAGAAAAAAUGUGUUAAAAGAUUGUAUAGGGUCUGUGCAUGUAAAUUAAAACAUGGAUUCACGCAGUCCAAUGGGUUUUUAAAAUUCGUUUCGGGGCUUUAAAUAGCUCCGUUACUAUUUAAAUAUACAUUAUGCAAGAGCUAAAUCUGCCUAUUGCAGGUCUUUCUUUAGGCCUGAAAUGUUAUCUAAAUUAUUAAUUAGACAUUAAUUAACUUAUCCAGACCAUAAUCAACUCUCGAUGUCAUCGCUAGUCUGCGAUAUUUACUGGAUUAGGAUCCGGUUUGCUGCUCAACUUUCAUCCAUGAUUUAAUCAUGAAAUGGAUAAUCGAGACUAUGAUUUUUAUCGUACCGACUUCAAUCGCUAAAUUCUCGGUUCAGGGUGGAUCAAUUUGACUGAAAUUUUCAGCAAAUUUCCUUUACAUUAUCUAGUUUUUAACUAUUAUAGUAAGAAUUGUCAGCUCUUUAUUUUAUCUCCCAUAAUGUAUCUUUAAUAGUUCCAUUGCGUCAUUUGCAUUUUGCCCUAAAAUAUCAAAUGACCCACGGCUUAAUCCAUGGUAAUAUGUACUCAUAUUGUUUAAGAAAAGAAAAUCAAAAUAUUAAUGCAAGGUAAUAUCCCGGCUUGGAUUACAAUCAGAUUAAAAACAAUUUUGUUUACAGCAAAUAAAGAUGACGGCCGUCUUGUAACAUAGGGAGCAGGAUGGUUUGAUCUAUUUCACAAGGCCACCUGCAUAUUUUGCCAAGGUCACAAGAUGUAAACAGGGCUGGGUCUUGGGUUAGAUUAUGAUACACGAUAAUAAGAAAUAAGAGAGAAGGAAAUGGGGUUUAACGCCCACUCGACACAAACCAGGUAAUUUCGGGACUAACAUUUGGUUCAAUUUUAUAUUAAUAAUUCGCUUGCGCGAGGUUGGACAGGCGACCAUACUCUUUGCCACGUACAAGCGGGAAAUUGAAACCAGCUGAUAAAGGCGAACACAUGCCAUGCAGUGUGCCAUAAGCUAAAUCUUGCCCGGACAGCAAUUGAAUUCUAACUGGCGAGGGUUCUUUUACGUGCACACCAAUAUGUACACGGGACCUCGGUUCAUUGUAGAAUCCGAACGACUAGACACUGUCCUUGUCAGAGUGACCGCAGGGAAAACCGCGCCGGACAACCCCGAGGAAAAUUUCUCGGCUAACCCCGGGAGCGAACCCUAAAUCUCCUGGUUAGCGAACCAGUGUCUUACUCACUGGGCAAUACGACUUCGAUCGUUGGCAUCGAUAGCGCGUAGUCAUGUAAAACUGGUCGUGGCAGAAUGGUGCCUUUUACUCAUUUUACGCCUUGGCGUACUAUUUUAGGAACCCAUUUACGUUAGAUAGGAAAUAUUUUUUAUCCGGAUAUACUUCAAACAGCUUUAUUUAUUUUUCUAAUAAUUUGCAGAAGGAAAAAAGUUAAUAUUGUGAGCUAAUUAACUUGCACCGAUGUCACCCCUGUCAGUGAUUGUAGCGGCCUAUCGAAUAUUCACUGCUGAUCAGUUUGAGACGCACCUCAUUUAGAAAGUUGUUCCGGUCACAUGUAUAUUAUAUAAAGACCUCAUCGUGUAUAAUUAAUCAUGUAUCAAUGUAAAUGUGUGUAUUUAUAAUUAAAGCAGGGUAUAAAUAGUUUUGUGUAUUAUUUAUAAAGAUGAUGUAAUAGUUGUAUAAAUAUUAGAUUAUAAACUUGUAAUAAAGCUGAUUUAAAGUAGA